AUCCAUGGUGGUUCCCCACGAAUCGGAACCAGCUCACAGCGCCGCGUCCCGCGCCGGUAAAUAACAUUCCGAGCUUUGCCCCCCUUAAAAAGAACGCAAAGCCAAGUCCGCGUUAGUUUCGCCCGAGAUGGUGCAAGUAGUACCCGACAAAAGCUCCCGCGAGAGCAAGACGAAGAAGUACGUGGGGAACAACCUCAGCCUGAGCCUGGAGGGCGGCAAGAGACGCAAGCUCCUGGUGGUCGGCAACGGCUGCUGCGUUCAGGUCAAAGACAACCUGGCGGCGCUCAAAGUCGUGGGGGACGGCUGCACGGUGCACGUGCUGAGCGGCGGCGGCGAGGUGGUGUACAUCGGAAACAACGGCUCGGUGUAUCUGGACCAGAGUAUAGACGAGGACGUGGUGACCUACGUGGGCAGCAACGGCAAGGUGUCGUCGAAGAACGGUAUCAGGAGGCAUAGCAGCGACAGCGACGUGCGGAACUGCGGACAGGAGGUGAAGGUGGUCAAUGUGGAUGGACAGUGCAAUGUUUCGCUUUCGGGCGUCAGUGGUGUGAGGACUAGCAUCUCGGCGAAGAAGUUCGCCAAAAUAGCGUCGACGAUUAGUUUACCGAAUAUUCAGAUACAUCUAGGGAAAUGAGAUUAGAUGGCUCUAGUUUGACGAUGUUCCUAUUGUAAAAGUGGUGAUCUUGCCAAUGAGACUUUUUUUGUGUGUGUUAUUUAAUUAUUUAUUGAUGGAAGUCCAUGUCUGGGACUGGUUGACCUUACUCUCGCCCAUGUGUAUUUUCCGCUGGAUGCGGAUUGGCGAAAUCACGUAAUUUAGGUGUUUUGGUUUUUGUAUGCCAACAGUAUUAUUUUUUUGUUCCGACAAAUAAAGAAUUUUUGUUUAAAA